GUUAGGUCGAACCACGACGAGUGCUAAAGUGAGCAAUCCUACUUCAGGAUAAUAUGCGGCCCCGUCACUCACUUUUGUCCAUUUUCUCGUCAUGCUUGAUAACGCUUCCCUGGCAUCUAUGGCUAUGUUUUCCUACAUCCUUGAGAUCCGAGUAUACGACAUCUUCCUUUCGGUCUGAUUCUCAAACCAGACUCAGGAUAGAUUCGACGGCUAUUCGGUCCGCUAGCCGGGCCUUUUCCCGUAACCACGAUGGCAAGGCCUACACACUUUCUUUCCAUUCCCCUCGGCCAAACCCACUCGACUCUCCGCGCCAGGAUUGCUGAUUUCCACGCUACCCUCCGUCUUCCUCCGCCAGACUGCACGCUCCUCUUAGGCCCUCAACGCGUACACCUCACUCUCGGCGCCAUGAACCUCACUCCUGAAUCCCUCCCAACUGCCCUCGACCUUCUCUUCCGCCUCCCGACCCUCCUCCCACUCACAGCCGUGCCGCCAACCGUCACCCUCGACACUCUCGACGUCCUCAAAACAGAAUCCCGACGUCGCGCCCACGUCUUAUACGUUGGUCCGUCUCAGCCAGAGCCUCUGUUCACCCAGAUAAACAAAAUCUUCCGCGACGAAGGCCUCAUCACCGACACACGACCCCUCAAACUGCACAUGACCCUCAUGAACAGCACCAACCGGAGACCUAGGACCAGGCGCCCUCAGGCUUUCGAAUACGAUACUAUCCUGCAACAGGCUGGCGUGCUCGGAUGCUUCGGUGUGCAGGAGAGCAACUACACUGAGCUCCCGAUGACUGUUGCAAUGGGCUCGUAUGACGCGCCGAGAGUCCAUCUCUGUGAGAUGGGAAGCUGGGAUACGGACGGCGCGUAUGUUAGCUGUGGGAGCGCUCCAUUAUCGGCUGAUCCUUAAUCAACCCCGAGCGAUAUCUUGCCUCGCCUUGCAACAUUGGUUCAGGCCGGUUACCAUUUCCCAAGACCUGGACAUAACUUGAGUCAACAGUUCUGCAAGGUCGAGUCGAGGACUUUUGAAGCUUGGCGUUGUGCGAUAGUCUG